GUUGGGAAUGAAUGGAUAGGGGGACCUUUGCAUUUCAGAGCGGCGUCCGGGUUUUCAGAAGGGAAAAGUGGCAGAUCAGGAGACGGGCAAUUCCAGCCUGGCUUUUUUCCCCUCGUAAUUUACCAUGUAUACCAGCUGUUGUCGUCAAAUCAAAAGAAUGAUAGAAACGUGGGAACCAGCAUGGCGACGAUUUUAUGUUUUGGUUUUGGUCUUGCAUUUUGUUCUAUCCAUUAUAUAUGACGAAGGGGAAAAUAAGCAAGAUUGUUGGGAAUGCUCUGCCACUCUAACAGCUGUUAGGCAGACUCGGUCAAGCCAGUCAACUUGCAACAAUAUUGUUUUAACAAACCCAUUGGGUUUUGUUUGCACUUCGAUUCGGUGCUAUUGAGUUUUAUGAGAGGAGUUGAGGGUAGCGAUUCGUUAGGAGAAGAGUUGCGAUGACCCGGGACUUGUCGGGGGACGACCUCGCUUGGCGAAUUCUGUGCUCGCCAGCCAGCCACUUGCUGCACAUGGUGGCUAGUCU